AGCACAUCCCGAACUUCCAAGAUGCUUUCCGUAGUGGUGUUUUCUCCUCUUUCUUCUCCUUUCAUUUCUCCGGUGUCGAUGGUGGUAGCAACCCCAGCUCGGAGUUGCAUAGUCUCGCGAAACGUGAAAUCGAGAAGACGAGCGCCGAGUUCGUCGUACUCGCAUGCCUCAUACCUGUACUCGUCAUCUUGUCUGGUGUAUUUGCCGGGCUAACAUUGGGGUAUAUGAGUCUCGAUGAGACGCAGCUUAAUGUUUUGAGUAUUUCUGGGACUCCCAAGCAGAGGGAGUAUGCCAAUAAGAUCAAACCGAUUCGCAAGGAUGGACAUUUGCUCCUGGUGACCUUGCUUUUGGCGAAUAUGAUCACGAACGAGACCCUGCCGGUCAUUAGUGAUCCCGUCCUUGGGGGUGGAGUUCAGGCCGUAGUCGUGAGUACGGUACUCAUUGUCUUGUUCGCUGAGAUUAUUCCUCAGUCGAUUUGCACUCGCCAUGGACUUUAUGUCGGCGCAAAAUGCGCCGGUGUUGUUCGUGUGCUUAUCUGGGUUUUCGGUAUUGUUGCAUGGCCCGUCGCGAAGUUGCUUGAGUUUCUGCUGGGACCGCAUCAUGGAAUUAUUUACAGAAGAGCUGAGUUAAAAGAGCUUAUUGCAAUGCACGGCGCGGAGAAUCCUCUGGGCGGUGACCUCCGCACUGAUACGGUCACUAUCAUCGGGGCCACGCUCGACUUGCAAGACAAGACUGUCAGGCACGCGAUGACACCCAUCGAUCGCGUCUUUAUGCUUCACAUCGACGCCAAGCUUGAUUAUGAUACUCUUAGACGCAUUUGUGCUACUGGACAUUCUCGCAUUCCUGUUUAUGAAGAAGUCGAAGUGACUGUGCCCGUGCAAGUGGCCAUCACUGCUGCUGAAAUGGGUACUGGGGAUGGCUCAAAGGUGCCUGCUCCUGCGAUGAAGAGUAUUGAUGGUGAUAACCUGGUGAAGACGAAAGUGAAAAAGAUUAUUGGAAUUUUACUUGUUAAGCAAUGUGUGUUGCUUGAUCCUGAAGACGCUGUUCCUGUGCGUAGAAUGCGUCUCAUCAAGGUGCCAUUUGUUCCACAGAACGAACUACUUCUCGGUAUACUCGACCGGUUCCAAGAAGGACGCAGUCAUAUGGCUAUCGUUAGCCGUCUGAGUCGCGAACGCGCGCAAAGCGUCAAGAAAGCGGUUCGAAAAGGUCUCACUCAGCGUCUCUUGGGUGCACUCCACGGUGACUCGUCCUCGGAUACAUCAUCCGAUACAAGUGACGAUGAUGAUGACGGGAAGUCUAACGAUAGUACAGAAGUUCGGGAACAGUCAGUUAACGGUGACAGUGUCACCGUCGCAGGAGAUGACUCAGAAAAACAGUCGAAUAAAGUGAAGUUUGCGGGUAAGAAACAUCGGUUCCGUAAACGCGAUAAGAAGCGUAAACACGAUCGACGAGAUUCUGGCCAGAGUGAUCUUGAAAAAGGCGACGCGGAGGCAGAGGCAAAGCGAGAGAAGGACAAAGACAAAGACAAGGAGAAGGAGAAGUUAUGGAAAUCUGGGUUGGAGCAGAGGAUGCCUGCGGAUGCUGUACUUUCAAAAGCGAAUGCGGAAGAGUAUCUUGCAAGUCAGGGAAUUGAUCCAGCGAUUAUGCCACUUGGUAUCAUCACGCUCGAGGACGUCUUGGAAGAGGUUAUUGGUGAAGAGAUCUACGACGAGUUUGACGUCGAAGGUACUGGAGCACAUUCUCAGUCCUUCGUACCUCCUGGUGCACACCCUCAUCAACAAAAGUCGAAGCCCGCUCUCGUCCGGAAGAAUUCCGCACCCGAACUCGCUACCAGUGAUCCAUCACACGGAAAGAUGACCGAGUCACCACCCAUAGUUCCUCCCUCGGCUGCACGAAAUGCUCUAGGGUUGGCGAUGCCGAAGCCUAUCGCGCUCACCAACUUGAGGUCGCUCGGCUUCUUGAGAAGUAGAAGUGCACCGCCGACGCCGCGUGAUGCUGUGAAACCGCUUCCUGGGUCCGAAGGAGCAACGCCUCCUGGUGCGGUGACGCCCGUUCCUGUCACUGGAGCUUCGAAAUCUGAGGACAACGCCACGUCCAUGGCACGUAAAUCAGGAGAGAUUGGCCCGUAUACUGCUAGUGGUGGGAUUUACCCGCCUAUAAUCACGACUCCUCCGGAAGGUGAAAGUCGGCAUUUAGCACAGAUUAUGGAGAGCCCUCCUGGUAGUGAAGGUAGUGCUGUGUCUGCUUAUGGUGGUUCACCGCCUGUUUCCGGGACGUCUGAUGGGCAGGGACAAACGAGAAUUGCUGUUGUGAAUCCAGCGACAUUGGCAACUGGAAAGCCGAAGUCACGCAGCACGUCACCCGCGCCCUCGCUCGAAGCGAUUCUACAUAGUAAACGACGCGGAUCGUUCGCCACCGGUGGAGCGGGGUCUUCCCGCCUUGCUGUCUCUGCGACAGGCUCGGGAUCCGGUGAAGGUAGUAGUAGUGUACCGGGCAGUGGUACGGCAACUCCUGUAGAAGCGCAGCAGCAACCGCAAGUAGGUCAACGCGGAAGGCCGAAGGGGACGUUUAAGAGUAGUCCGCUUACGCCGAUUGGGGCAAAUGCGGACGUGGUUGUUGCAGAGGAGAUUAGGAAGCAGAAGAGGGAGCAGGUGGCAAGGGAACGUGAACGUGAGGCUGCUGCUAAGGAAGCGAAGGAGAAGGACGAGGAGAAGGACGAGUAAUGUGUGUACUUUCAUGUUUCAUGGUAGUGCUUCGCAAACAUGAAACUAUCUAUCUUCCCGAUCGGUAUACAUGCGUAUUUAUACAUCGCUAUGCGUACUUCAAGAAAUAGUGAUACUGUCGUCUCGAAUCCUUCGUUCCAAUCGUAUGCGUUAGCUUGUCGUUAUAUUAUAAUAUAUACGCCUGUGCCUCUUUGCAGGCUAGUUCUAUGCAUUCAUUGUUUG